CUGGAAAGGCGGCGGCGGCGGCGGCGCUGGCGGCUGCUGCCGGGAAGGGGGGGGCGGCGAGCGGCCCGCGCGACACGCGCCGGCCCGACCCUCUGCUGUGACCCGCGCGGCGCAGGCGCCUCCUGCCCCGCCGGCGGGGUCCGGCUUCCCGCGGCGGGAUGUUCUCCCGGAGGAGCCACGGGGAUGUGAAGAAGUCCACCCAGAAGGUGCUGGACCCCAAGAAGGACGUGCUGACCCGCCUGAAGCACCUGCGGGCGCUGCUGGACAAUGUGGAUGCCAGCGAUCUUAAGCAGUUUUUUGAGACCAACUAUUCUCAGAUAUAUUUCAUCUUCUAUGAAAAUUUUAUAACACUGGAAAAUAGUUUGAAAUUAAAAGGGAAUAAUAAGUCACAAAGGGAGGAGCUGGACUCCAUCCUCUUUCUUUUUGAAAAAAUAUUGCAGUUUCUACCUGAACGAAUUUUCUUUCGAUGGCAUUACCAGAGUAUAGGCUCAACUUUAAAGAAGCUUCUACACACUGGAAAUUCUAUUAAGAUAAGAUGUGAAGGAAUCCGGCUGUUUCUUCUGUGGCUUCAAGCACUUCAGACGAACUGUGCAGAAGAGCAGGUGCUGAUUUUUGCUAGCCUGGUGCCGGGAUUCCCCGCCAUCAUGUCGUCCAGGGGGCCCUGUACACUGGACACGCUCAUCAACCCUGGCCCCAGCAUGGCUGAUGCGAAGAUCCAUCCGGAAGAAAUCACUCCACUGCUGCCAGCCGUAUCAGGGGAGAAGAUUGCUGAGGACCAGACGUGCUUUUUCCUUCAAGUACUGUUGAAAUACAUGGUUACUCAGGCUGCAAGCUUGGAGUGGAAGCAUAAGGAGAAUCAGGAGACUGGGUUUAAAUUUCUGUUUACGUUGUUUCGAAAGUAUUACCUUCCUCAUCUGUUUCCCUCCUUUACCAAGUUAACCAACAUCUACAAACCUGUGCUGGACAUCCCCCACCCGAGACCAAAGCCUGUGUAUGUCACUACUGCUCGAGACAAUGAGAGCAUUUACAGCACAAAGAUCCCAUACAUGGCAGCUCGUGUUGUCUUCAUCAAGUGGAUGGUGACUUUCUUUUUGGAAAAAAAGUAUCUAACUGCAACACAGAACACUAAGAAUGGAGUUGAUGUAUUGCCUAAAAUCAUUCAGACCGUCGGGGGAGGCACUGCAGUGCCGGAGCGGGCGCCGGAGCCAGACACUGGUGGCGUGGCGGAGCAGGACCGAGGCCACGUGGAUGGGAGCACCCUGUCCGAGCGCCGGCUUAGCAGUUGCAGCCUGUGCGGCAUUGAGGAGGAGCACCGCGCGGUGUAUGACAUGGUCCAGCGCAUCCUGUUGUCCACCCGCGGCUAUGUCAACUUCGUGAACGAGGUGUUCCGCCAGGCAUUUUUGUUGCCUUCCUGUGACAUAGCCGUCACCAGAAAAGUAGUUCAAGUGUACAGAAAGUGGAUCCUGCAGGACAAACCUGUGUUCAUGGAGGAACCAGACAUAAAAGAAGCUGCCCAAGAAGAUGCUGAAAAAUUAGGAUUUUCAGAGACUGAUAACAAGCAGACCUCUUCUGAAGGUUCUGGCCACAAGCGGUCUUCCAGUUGGGGACGGUCCUACUCCUUCACCAGUGCCAUGAGCAGAGGGUGUGUGACGGAAGAGGAGAAUAAGAACGUGAAGGCCGGGGCCCAGGCAAUGCUGCAGGUAUUUCUGACAAAUGCUGCAAACGUCUUUUUGCUGGAGCCAUGUGUGGAGGUUCCCAUGCUCUUGAAGGAGCAAGUUGAUGCCUGCAAAGCUGUUCUCAUUAUUUUUAGGCGCAUGAUAAUGGAGCUGACAAUGAAUAAAAAGACCUGGGAACAGAUGUUGCAAAUACUGCUCAGGAUAACAGAAGCUGUCCUGCAGAAGCCAAAGGAUAAACAAAUCAAGGACUUGUUUGCCCAGAGCUUGGCAGGGUUACUGUUUAGGACACUCAUAGUGGCCUGGAUCCGAGCAAACCUCUGUGUGUACAUCUCUCGGGAGCUCUGGGACGACUUUCUCGGGGUGCUGUCUUCCCUCACGGACUGGGAGGAGCUGAUCCACGAGUGGGCCAGCAUCAUGGACUCCUUGACAGCUGUGCUUGCCAGGACCGUGUACGGAGUUGAGAUGACCAAUCUACCUCUGGACAAGUUAAGUGAACAGAAGGAAAAGAAACAGCGAGGCAAAGGCUGUGUUCCGGAUUCUCAGAAAGGAAGCACUGUGGGGAGGUCCUUUUCUCUGAGCUGGCGGAGCCACCCCGACAUGGCCGAGCCCAUGCGAUUCAGGAGCGCCACCACGUCCGGGGCGCCAGGGGUCGAGAAAGCCAGAAACAUUGUCCGCCAGAAGGCAUCCGCUAAGCGAAGCCAGUCUAUCAGCAACUGUGCCCACCUCUCUGAGGCUUUGCCCGCCACUAAAAGCGUCCCACUCCUCCUCCACACCGUGAGCGCGCUCUUCCCCGGUUUCUCUUACUCCUCUUGCUCCCACAGGCUGUCAGAAGUGGAAGAAUACCUGCAGCCAGAAAAUGCAUCUGCCACUGAAUCUGGGCCCCUGGGGCAGCAGCCGAUGGUUCGGAGCGGCAGUAGCCCUGAGGUCACUGAGCCGCUGUGUCCCGAGGCCCCCCCAGGCCCAAAGCUAGAAAAUUCAGAGAAUGUGAGUUCUUCAGAGCCCAGGCCUGCUCAGGAGAGCAAAGGACAUGAGAAGAAAGAGCAUGAAGGAAUAACAAUCUUAGUUCGGAGAAGCAGCAGCCCCAUUGAACUGGAUUUGAAAGAUGACUCACAGCAGAUGCAAGGAAAAUGUCGGGAGAGACAGAAGAGUGACAGUGUGAGCAGUGACCCCACUCUGGGCUGCAGCACCGAGGCAGAGCUGUCCCUGAGUCCCUGGCAGACCUGCGAGGAAGACCCAGAUCUGAGCCCGCCCGCGGAUUCUGUGACCGACGCCGACGCCCGCCACUGGUUACAGCUCCGGCCCACGGAUGCUUCGAACCUAACAGACAGCAGCGAAUGCCUUGCUGAUGACUGCAGUAUAAUUGCUGGGGGGACCCUCACCGGUUGGCACCCAGACUCAGCCGCUGUGUUGUGGCGAAGAAUCUUGGGGAUCCUUGGAGAUGUGAAUAAUAUCCAGUCACCCAAAAUCCAUGCCAGGGUGUUUAGCUAUCUCUAUGAACUCUGGUACAAGCUAGCAAAGAUACGGGAUAACCUGGCAAUAAGCCUGGAUAACCAGUCUUCUCCAUCUCCUCCUGCCUUGAUCCCACCGCUCAGAAUGUUUGCAUCAUGGCUAUUUAAGGCGACGACGCUGCCUGACGACUAUAAGGAAGGCAAACUCCAAGCCUAUAAGCUGAUCUGCUCCAUGAUGACCCGGCGCCAGGACGUCCUGCCCAACUCAGACUUCCUGGUGCAUUUUUACCUCGUCAUGCACCUGGGACUGACCAGCGAGGACCAGGAUAUCCUAAACACCAUCAUAAGGCACUGCCCGCCCCGCUUCUUCUCCCUGGGUUUGCCUGGCUUCUCCAUGCUGGUGGGGGACUUCAUCAUGGCUGCUGGCAGGGUCCUCAGUGCAGACACGCUGGCGGCACCUCGUUCGGAAGCCCUCACCAUUCUCGGGUCUCUGGUCUGCUUUCCGAACACCUACCGCGAGAUUCCCCUUCGGCAGCCAGUGCCUGAAGUUGCUGAAGUCGCCACGGGAGCAGAAGAUGUCAAGCACUACCUCAUAAGUAUUUUACUGAAGAAUGCCACAGAGGAACCAAGUGAGUGUGCAAGGUGCAUUGCCAUCUGCUCCCUCGGGAUCUGGAUCUGUGAGGAGCUGGCCCAGGGCACGAGCCACCCUCAGCUGCAAGAGGCCGUCAACGUCAUUGGUGUCACUUUGAAGUUUCCUAACAAAAUCGUGGCCCAGGUAGCCUGUGACGUGCUUCAGCUGCUAGUCUCCUACUGGGAAAAGCUUCAGAUGUUUGAAACCUCCCUGCCUCGGAAAAUUGCAGAAAUCCUCGUGGCCACAAUCGCUUUUCUGUUACCAAGUGCCGAGUACUCCUCGGUGGAGACAGACAAGAAGUUCCUCGUGUCCCUGUUGCUCUGCCUCCUGGACUGGUGCAUGGCGCUGCCGGCGGGCACCCUCCUCCACCCCGUGUCCACGGCGGCCCUGGACGAGCAGCCCCCGGCCCGGGCCCCCUUGCUGGAUUACAUCUACAGGGUUCUACACUGCUGCGUCUGUGGCUCAAGCACGUACAACCAGCAGAGCCGCUACACCUUGACCCUGGCGGACCUGUCAUCCCCGGAUUACGACCCCUUCCUGCCGCUGGCGAACGUGAAGAAUUCUGAGCCGGUCCAAUUUCAUUCAUCAGCAGAGCUGGGCAACCUGCUUACUGUUGAAGAGGCAGAGAGGAGGAGAAGGAGCCUGGGGCUGAUCCCGCUGACCGCGCGCAUGGUGAUGGCGCAUCUGGUCAACCACCUGGGCCACUUCCCGCUCUGCGGGGGCCCCGCUGUGCUGCACAGCCUGGUGGGCGAGCACCACGACAACGCGCACGCCGACGCCGCCGAGCUCUCCCCAGACGUGUUCAGGAGCCCCAGCCUGCAGCUGUUUGUGUUCAACGACAGCACCCUCAUCUCCUACCUGCAGACGCCCGCAACCAGUCCUGCCAGCGGGUCACCUGCGGGCGCCCCCUCGGAUGUGAGGGUGAUCGUGAGGGACAUCUCAGGGAAGUACUCGUGGGACGGGAAGGUGCUCUAUGGACCUCUGGAAGGCCGCUUAGCCCCCAAGGGCAGAAGCCCCUCAUUCCUCAUCUCGGGCUGGCAUCCCCCAACCCCUGGACCUCAGAGGGCUCCUUCUCAGACUGAGGAGGGAGAGGAUGUCCUCGACAAAUUACUUGAAAACCUUGGCCACACGAGUCCUGAAUGCCUUUUGCCAUCCCAGCUCCGUCUGAAUGAGCCUUCCCCACCCCCUUGUGGCAUGAACUGGGACCAGGAGAAGGAGAUCACCAAGGUCCUGCUGCGCCAGAGCACACAGGAAGACGAAUACGUCCAGAGGUGCGACUCAGAUGUGGCCAUGAGGGUCGCCAGCCAGGAGCCGCCGUCCCCGGUGGAGCCCCGAGGAGCCUUCUACUUCUGUAGGCUGCUGCUCGAUGACUUGGGAAUGAAUUCUUGGGACAGAAGGAAGAACUUCCAUCUGUUGAAGAAAAAUUCAAAAUUAUUGAGAGAGCUAAAAAAUCUGGACUCCCGACAGUGCCGCGAAACGCACAAAAUCGCAGUGUUUUACAUUGCCGAAGGUCAAGAAGACAAGUGUUCAAUCCUUUCCAAUGAAAGGGGAAGCCAAGCAUAUGAAGACUUUGUUGCUGGACUUGGAUGGGAGGUGGACCUGUCAACCCACUGCGGGUUCAUGGGCGGGCUUCAGCGCAAUGGCAGCACGGGCCAGACCGCCCCCUACUACGCUACCUCGACCGUGGAAGUCAUCUUCCACGUCUCAACUCGGAUGCCGUCAGACUCAGACGACUCGCUCACCAAAAAACUCCGUCACUUGGGGAAUGACGAAGUCCACAUCGUCUGGUCUGAGCACUCCAGGGACUACCGCAGCGGGAUCAUCCCCACCGCCUUCGGAGACGUUUCAAUCAUCAUCUACCCCAUGAAGAAUCACAUGUUCUUUAUCGCGAUAACCAAGAAACCUGAGGUUCCGUUUUUUGGGCCUCUGUUUGAUGGAGCGAUCGUGAGUGGGAAGCUACUGCCAAGCCUUAUCUGUGCCACCUGCAUCAACGCCAGCCGGGCCGUCAAGUGCCUCAUCCCCCUCUACCAGAGCUUCUACGAGGAGAGAGCUCUCUAUCUUGAAGCAAUAAUUCAGAACCACCGUGAAGUCAUGACAUUUGAGGAUUUCACAGCCCAGGUCUUCUGUCCAUCUCCCAGCUACUCGAUCAGCGGAACUGAUUAAACUACGUGAAGGCCUCGCUGCAGUGUUUGAACAACGGCCCUGGCCGCCGGGCUGAGAUCCCCUCUAUGGUGCCUCUCAGGGAGGAAGAGCUGGAGGAGACUCCCCCACUUCCCCAUCCGAACCCCCAAACCCAGACUCCGGGAACCUCACUGCUCUGCCAGUGUCCUCGGUGAGUCUCCCCACGCACAGGCUUCUGAACUUGAGGAGGAAUCCCACCGAAAUGCUGCGGAUCAGACUCUCAAACUAGGCGGUGGCAUCUCAGGAACCUUGGGCUGUGAAAGAAGAGAAGUCGCCAACAACCAGAGACGCACCCACCGGUGGGGCUGCCCCAGCAGAGGGAACGAGAGGAGGUUCCAGGCUCCCUGGGAGGGCGGGGGGCAGCUGGCUCUGUCCCCCAGGAGUCUCCUUUGCUUUGUAAACUGUCCGACGUUUCACUGUCCUGCUCUUGGAGGAGGGCUUCCUGCAUUGGUUUUGCUUUUCCUUCUGUUAGGAUUCACGGCUAGCCCAAAAUUUCAUCAUCAUGGAAAUUGGCUUUCCCCAGGGUCUCGAGCCUGGGAGAAGUUCUGCCUCCGUUGCUGUGUAUUUUCCACCUGGUCCCCAAUGCCCGCUAACCAGGGAGAGCGUUCCUGACUCUGACCCUGACCGUGUCCCUGCUGGAGACCCUCUACGUGGUGAUGGUGAAGCGCCCGUCUCUGGGCGCUCAGGUGAUUCUAGAAACACAGGGUCCUGUCCCUGCAAAAGCUCCUUUCCCAGCCUCACCCUGUGGUAGGGUCCCCCUGCCCCUUGCUGGGAGGGACCUCCCACACAUUUCCCGACACACCCGAGCUUUAGGGGGACUGAACUCGAGCAAAGGGUGUGAUCCCUACUUUGUACCUAUUUGGCUGCCCAAGGGAAGCCUGUUGUGGCUGUGUGGUUUUUUUUUUUUUUUUUUUUCAGAAAGGGAGGAAGGACAGCCCCACUUUCCAUUUGUGCUUGUCAGGUGCCCUUGCUGGGGUUGGGGUGUUGGCGGCUGGCCCUCUGCUAGUCACCGAGGCCCUCGGGCCAUCUCCAGAGUGAGCCCUGGGCCCAGAACAGGGGAGCUGCCAGCUAAGGGCCCAGAAAGUUCUCCGUGCAGGUGCUUCCCGCCCGGCCUGCCGUCGCCUCUCCACUCCUGCACCCACCCAUGCGUGCCCCCAGCCUACCCCUUGCCCACCUUCCGGCUGGGCCCUCUGAGCCCCCUUGCCCAGCAGAGCCGCCACCUUCCCUGACAGCCCACCGCCCAGUGGGCUGGUUCCUGACAGUGGCAGGGGGAGUGGGCAGACCCUGGAGACGGUGAGACAGGAUUCAGAAGGGCUUUCCUGUUAGAAGGAGGGGGACUUCUGACUCUCCAGGGAGCUUGUUUCUCUGCUUUACAGAGAAUGGCGGGUAGGGCUUGAGGCCAGGCCCACGGGCAGGGGCGGCUCAAGCACUGUCGGGACCCAAGAGAAGCCGGUUCGUUCCAACAGAAGCAGCUCUCCCGGCUGGUCUGUCAACGGUUCGCGUCCACUGAUGGCGGGCUUGGUGGCAACGUCAGGGGUGACUGGAAGUGACCGCCUUCUCUGUUGUGUCAGCGAAUGUCACAACUCUUGUCCUCCCAGGCACUCCCCCCCACCGCCCAACCCCAGCUUUGAGUGACUUCAGGUUUCUGCUCGGCAUGGUCUGGCCCACGUGGCCCCAGCCUCAGGUUCUGCUCCAUGUGGUUCCUCGAUCCUACAGGAGGGGCAUCGUGUGCUCCUGAGUCCCACGUAAGCUCUGGCUUCUGGGACAUGUCACCUUCAGGCUCUGGACAACCCCUGUAGCAGAAUUCUUAAACUUGGUUUUAGGACUCAUAUUGAAGCCCCCCCCCCGAACUCCUGCCCCGUGAUUCCAGUCCUCCUGACCCGGAGUGGGAAAGGUGGUUGUAGGUAGCAAAUACAUAGACUUUCCUAUAAUCCCAAAAGAUUCUGACCACCCUAUGACCCCAAAGGACAGCUAGCAGUGUGACGGCUCUUCUCAGUAACAGCUUUGGUUUAGAAACACAGGGACUCUAGUGACCAGGUUUUUUGCUUGCAAUCAUGAGCACUUGAAUCGCUUUUGUUAUUUGGGGUGGAAAAUCGAAAUGAUCAAGUUUUUUUUCUUUUUUUUUUUUUUCACUUAGAAAAGCAAAUAUUGAGCUUCUGUAAUAAAUGCCUUUCAGCAAAAUUUCCAAGCGUCACUUAUCCAGUGGGCACCUACCUGAGUCACCGUGCUGACUCAUAACAUUAGUAGGUCAGUCAUCCGUAAACACAAGUGGCCCUUGCUGGCCGCAAAUGGAGAAGACUCGUGGGCUUCCAGGCAGGGCCAGGUCUUCUGCCCACCUCUCUGCAUGUUGAUUUCCAUCUGAAGCAAAGAUGGUGAUCUCUAGUCUCACUGAGUAGGUGUUUGUACUUAAAAAAAAAAUAAUAGUAAUUCCACAAAAUGAUGACAUUUUAAGUAGUAAAACCUUGAUUAGACAGCAGUAAGGACUUGUAGUUUGAAGAAGGGACUGUCACGGAGUCUUCCUGUGGUUAAGGAAGCGUCUUCCCAGCCACCACAGGGAAGGAGGGGGCCUUCAGCCUUGACUCUGAGAGAGGCUGGCUGGUGGGACCCUCAUCCUUACCAUGAGAUCCUUUGGAUCCUUAGACAAUGCAGGUCACAUGUUCCUGACUUUCCUCGGGAGUGAUCACCCACACUUCAUCUACUGUCAUAUCUGCAGGCAGGAGGGGUGCUUUCACGAUGACUGUGACGUCUUAGAUGUAACUGUGUUACCCUCAUAGCAACUGAAGGGGAAUGUCCACACCCAAUGGGAAAUUCCACAGGAAACAACCAUGUCUUCAUUGCACUCAGUACCUACGUAUGACAUACACGUUAAGUGAAUGUUUUCUUGUGUUUUCCAGGUCUACAAUAUUUAGUCCAUGUAAAUGAUAGAAUUUGAUAAAUAUGGUAAAUUAAGUUAUAAGGUGUCAUUUGAUUUCUCUUUUGCUGUCUCAUGUUAUUUAAUGUUCCCAACGCUCCACACCUGGUUUGUGCCUAUGUCGGUGUAGACCGUGCCUGUAAGCCACUUGGCAGGCACGGUGCCCCUAGGCAAGGGGCCUCGCCCCCAAGGAGCACACGGCUCACCAGUGGCCACUACCUGACUCCCCAGUUUGUCCUCCCUCUUUAAUUCUGAUUUACUGUGACGACUCAAUAAAGUAGAAACACAGCACUCAC